UCUUCCUCUGAUGCGGCUGUAAACAAUAACAUGAGGACACAGCUGAAGUUGUGUCACUCGCUCGUGUAAUAGAAACUGUUUGUUCCGGAACAACCGUCGCCCAUGUUGUUUCUCCGGACCGCGGCGCUCAGCUGCAGAGCUGUGGCCGCUCUGCGCUGCCUGCCCGCCGGCCACACCGCCUCCAGAACCACCGCUACAUACAUCCAGGGCCAGAGCCCGGAACCGCGCAUCCGAGAGUACUUCUACUACAUUGACCACCAAGGACAGCUUUUCCUCGAUGACACCAAAGUGAAGAACUUUGUCACCUGCUUCAAAGACAAAAAGUUCCUGGUCUUCUUCUUCAGUCGGCUGCGUUCGAAUCAGAGCGGUCGUUACGAGGACGACUUCCCCUACUUGUCCCUGUGCGGCAGGGAGAGGAACUUCCUGCGCUGCGACGACCGUCCCGUGGUCUUCACCCACCUGCUGGGAGACCAGGAGCUGCUGUCGUACUGCGGCGGGGCGGAGCAGCUGUCCGUCCCCUUCCUCCCGGAGGCGCUGUACAUGCAUCCUGUCAGCGGGCGGGUUUACCACCCCUGCUCAGAGCGAGGAGGCGGGGUCGGCCUGGUCAGGUCGGCCCUGGCCAUCGAGCUCAGCCCGUUCUUCGUUUACGCUCAGGAGGACGGCCAAUCGGGACAGCCCACGCACUUUCUCUGGGGGGGACGGAAGCACACGCUGACCAAUGAGCUCGCAGGAUGCUUCCCCACUGUGGUGGAGGGCGGCGAGCAGCAGGGAGAACCGGGAUAAUCACCUCUACUGUACGGAUCCUCUGAUGUGUCCAGAUGUGUCCAGAUGUGUCCAGAUGAGCCGGUGAGGAGAGACGAGUGCUUUAGAGUUGUUCCGAUACCGAUGCCUGACUAAAACGUUGUCUGUGCACCGACCCGAUUCCACGUAAUACACGAGCCCCGAAACAGGACCCUGCUACUACCCAGCACUGUCCCUCACGGGCUUAGUAGCCUACGGUUGUUAAUACGGGUCGGUACUCAGCAUCACUCAUACACAAAGUUCUGGUAUCGGAUCGUCUCUACUCCUGUUUGAAGCCUGGGCCGAUGUGUCCUCCUGUCCUCCUUCAUUAGCUUCAUAUUUAUGGUCCUGAAGAGGUUUAACUAUAAAGUUUGUCACAAUAAAAAAAGCAAAGAUUAGGGAAAAGUCUGAAAGGAUUAACACAUUAAAGCGUAAACAUAAAGUGGUUGAGAGACAAUAGAACCUGUUGCUGUAAAUACCAGUGUAAACGACCACCGUGGCUCAUUCAAACACGGAGGAGCUCUUUUGUAGUGGAAAUGCGUCCGAUUACCUGCAAAGAUAAGCAGCAGGUGUUUGUGAACACACUGUUUCAACUAAUAUCCCCAGACUCCCUUAGAAUAUCACACAGGUUUGAGAGUUACUGAGUGAGGAGAAACUUUAUACACUUUGUGAGACGCCGACUGCUACAGAUUCUUUAUUAUUUGGGCCUUCUUGUAAAUUCAGCAAACGUUACACGUGAAGGGAUUUCUGUUCUCGUCUAGGGGUCACCAAAGCUUUACUGCUUUAUCGUAACAUGUCAUUCAUUUCUGUGAAGAAAACUGAAUUAAUCUGUUAUUUUAAAGUCUGGAUUAUUGAAAAUAUCCAUUCAGGGGACGUCGGUUUACUCAGGAGAAAGGUUGGAAACCACUGAGAUAUAUCAUAUUUAUAAAAACACAACUACAGUGUUUCCUUUACUAAAUAUACAGCAGAGUGAAAUACAGAGUUCGGCUCUUUACAUAAUUAAAUCUGCAGAAUAAAUGAACUGGUGUGCUUGCAUAGAAAAUAGUAUUUAAUGUUUCUGAAAUACAAGAGAAAGAAAACAACUACAAGAGUAAAAGGUAAAGUAAAAUAAUACUUAACUCUUUCUGGAAAACUUGAACACAAAACUCAUAACAAUAAUUUACUGAAUGUGAGAUUGUUGAAUAAAGAGAAAUAUUCUGAA